AUGGCCUUAUUAGACAGACUCCCAACUAAAGACAGACUGAAACAUUUUGGGUUUGAUAUCGAUGACAAAUGUGUGCUUUGUAAUGACUCGAUGGAAACUAGAGAUCAUUUAUUCAUUCAAUGUCCUCUGGCUAUUUCUCUAUGGGAUGCGGUUAUCAUUCUCAAUGGCAUGCGAAUGACAUCACGUACAUGGGGAAAUCACUUAGCUUGGGCUUGUGAUGCUUGGAAAGGUAGAUCCUUGCUCACUACAAUUUUGAAAUUAGCUUGGACAACAUUUAUUUACACUGUUUGGGAGGAGAGGAACAAGAGGCUAUUCCAGGGAUGCUCACGGAAUUUUGAAGCAUUACUCUAUGCUGUAAAACACACUGUUGCUAUCCAACUAAGGGGUAGAAGUAUUAAUAGGAAUGAUAGUGUUAAUACUAUGCUUUGUAAUCAUUGGGGUAUUGAAUAG